GUACGUACGUACGAGGUACACUUUUCGUACAUGAAUAUAUGAUCCCGAUUCCAAGAAUUUCAGCCUGCUGUACUGUACUGUGUACGUACGUGUACCGGUACCGGUAUAUUAUCUUUAUGAAGAUCGAGAUUUCUUCCGUUAAUUAACAUGGGAGAACAAAUCGAAUGCAGUAUAGAAAGGAUCAGGAGAGCGAGGAGUUGCUUUGAAAUUUUACUUUGAAAUUGAAGUCUACUUUAUCAGGGUAAAAAAUGGGACAGACUACUUCAGCACCGCCGAAUCCCAGCUCCCAAAAUAAUCGCAAUAAUGGUGUGAAUGGUAGUACUUCUAAUGUAGACAGUCAUGCCAAUGAUAGGAGAAGAGUUACAUUUGGUGCUCCUGCAGUGCCUCUACGACCCAAGUCACCAAACGCAGCCGGUAUAUCAGCAAGGCAAAGCUGGCCCAACAUCCAUCAACCUCCAGACACUGGCCCUAUCACACCCAAUGAGAUUGCAGGGUCCGAGACUGCUGGCCCCAGCAGCCGCCUUCCAAAUCACCUAUUUCACACAACUCACGGGAAGAACAUUGUCCUUUCUCCCAACCGCAAACUGGCUACACGCGGCGGGAGCUUCUGUAAUGCAAUAGUGUUUACACACCGCCCCCUUCGUCCCCAGGAUAGGCUUCAUCUACAGUUGAUACAGAGCACUCAGGGAUGGAGUGGGGUUAUCAGGUUUGGAUUCAGCUGUCAUUGUCCUGAUAGACUUAAACCUCACAUGUUACCCAAGUAUGCUUGCCCAGACUUAACUGUGAAACCAGGUUAUUGGGUAAAAGCUCUUCGAGAGACAUUAGCAGCCAAUGGCAAUGUAGUCAGUUUCUUUGUGAACCCCCGUGGUGAGGUCUAUUAUAGCAUUAAUGGUGAACCCUAUCACAUGUUUUUCAAUGGCGUAGAUGUCAGCAAACCUCUUUGGGCUCUCAUCGAUGUCUAUGGCAAUACCACAGGAAUUCGCAUUGUUGAUGAGCACACUGUAGCCAAUAAUGCAUUCAACCUCCCACCACAUGCAGGGUAUGAGGCUGUAGGUAGAGGUCCUUCCUCAUCAGCAUCAUCUCAGUCUCUCCCUCCAACAAUCAAUCCUGCGCUAUCUGAGAAUAUAUCAUCUACAUGUAAUAUACCAAUGACUCUAUCAGGGCCUUUACCACCGCUUCCCCCUUUACCCCCGCUACCAGCUCAGAUGGCACAACAGCCCCUUUUGGAACGCUUACCAUUCCACAGUGUCCAUGGCUCAAACAUUGUCUUUAGCGAGGGCCUGAUGUCUGCUGAGCGUAAGGCAGAUGUCUUCAACGGAGGAUUGGUUUUUGUAUGUCGUUCUUUGAAAGUGGAUGAAGCCGUUUUCAUCUGCAUUAAGACGGUCAAUCAUCGAUUCAUCGGUCAUCUUGGUAUAGGACUCACCACAUGUGACCCUAAGGGUUUGAGAGAUACCACUAUCCCGGACGAUGCGGAGCAUGUUUAUGAUCGACCAGAGUACUGGGUGUUGACAAGGGAGUUUGAACAGCCAGCGGCUAAUGAUGUCAUGGGUGUGGUCUUUAACUCAGAAGGAGAAGUACAUCUCUUGAAAGCGGAUGGCAGCAGUAAAUGUUGUUUGAUGUUUGUGGAUGUGACAAUACCUCUCUGGUUGUACUUUGAUGUGUACGGAACAACACAAGCAAUCCAAACUCUAGGUUAUCGUAACAUCAGCAUUCCAUGUACAGGUAUGACUGAGACGACUGCCGAAAGCAACACCGCCAACCUGAACACAGCCUCAGCAAGUGAGACAGCCGCUGCAGUCAAUGCUGAAGCUCUAGCAUACAGGCUUGCUGCUUCUUUAUCUUCCUCUUCCUCCGCACCGGCUAUCACAGGAACCGCAGUAUCAUCCAAACCUAAACCUCCGCGUCCUUCUAAACCACCUACCAGGAGUGCCAAGGCAAAUCCUUCAACAUCAUCAAUGUACCCUCAAGCAAGCUCUCAAGGAUCAUCAGCAUCAGAACCUUCAGCAGCCGCAGAAGCAGAAGAGUGCUCUAUCUGCUUUGAAGCACCGGUUAACUCUGUGUUCUAUAAGUGCGGACACACUUGUUGCUGCUUUGAAUGUGCCAGUAAGAUGAGAGGGUCAUGCUGUCCAAUAUGCAGGGCGGUCAUUGCAGAUGUUAUUAGAAUGUACAAGCCAUAAUGUGCCAUCUGUUUUGGGUGGUCCAAGGAUUUGAAAUGGUCAUAUACCAGGAAUGGGGAUGUUAGCUAUACAUGAAGUCCCCCAAGGAUGGUAUUUGAUGGAUGACUGGAUUAUGGAAAGCUACAUUUAAUUGCAACUGUCAUGCUGCAUUUCCAUUUUUGUGAAACGAACCAACAGAAUCCAUCAAUGAUAUGGUUUAUAAUAGGGCUUUACAUGUACCAGUGACAGUGUGCUAUAAGAGGAGAAUGUCAUGUUGUCAAUUAAACCAUACAUUUACUACUGGAAUGGUCACAUUGGAUAUGGAUGCACCAUGAAACAAAUCCCAUUGUGCAGCCUUUGCUAAUAAGUAUGAUGGGGUCGUGUGGUCUAGUGGUUAGAGAAUUGGACUCAUAACCACAAGGUUGUCAGUUCCAAUCCUCGCUCUGUCAGUGUCUCUACUUUGAUAAUAAAAAAAACGAGAGUAAUAUCAGUUGUCUAUAAGGUCAGCCAAUAUGCCUGAUUAACUUUGACAUUAAAUGUUUCCUAUGUAAUUGGUUAUAUACAGUACCAGCUUGGCGUUUACCAGUUACCAUAAACAGAAAUCGAAACAGUAUGCACAAGCCAUAGUAAGUCAUCUAUUUGAGUAUAUAUCUACAGGCCACAAUGCAGGGUAGAUGACCUGAUUUUUAAGUCAAUGUAAACACCCAGUUUUUUGCAAUGUUUGCUGAAUUCUUCAAGGGCCUGUCCUACAAAGCGUAUGCAUUCAAUUUUUAAUCAAACUGAGAUUGAUCUCACAUUGUGUAGUUAACAUAAGAAUAGAACUCAAGCUCAAUUUGAGUUUGAUUUUAAGUAUUGAUGUGCUACAUCUAUGUGGCGUACAGUACAUGUAGCUGUGACAUCUUCACAAGGCAAAUCUAUCACCCUCAUCAGUGAUGUACCCUGAUGCAAGCUCAAAGCCCUCAGUAGCUCCAGAGGCAGAGCAGUGUUCUAUCUGCUGUGAAGCACCGGCAAUUUUAGGAAGACACUUCUGUACUAUGGUGAGCAAGACUUGAGAAUUAUCUGACAUUACUGCUACAGAUAAGGUACCUAAUGAGAGUAUUGGUUGAUACUGCUGUUCUACUGGUGUCUUUUUGCAAUACGUUCAUAUACAGUUGCCACACUCAACCCUACUUAAGGGACCCCAAAUUGGCCCCUGGCAAUAAUGAUUUUCUUCAAGUGUUAUACUGUACAUACAGUACACAUGUAGCACCAUAUUGUCAUGUUAUAAAGCCAGGCUAAUAAUCAUUGAGUGCUAGGAGUGUCAUGUCUAAUUGGUGAUAUAAUGGUACAUCAUGUUUAUAAUUCAGUACAUGUGCAUGGAAUAUACUGUACUUACAUGUACACAUUACUGUACACUUUUUUGGAACUUGAAUUGCCUUUUGGUGUGGUUUUGUUGAUUGUUUUUGUCAUCUUACACAAAUUUUGCAUGUACAUGUAGAUUAAACCAGUUUAAGUAUACAUGUACCCUUCUCCCCAUGGAAGUAAAAAAAAUUUAUAUGACAAAGGAAAAUUGAUUAUAUUUCAAACAAAUUAUAUGUACUUGUAGCUACAUGUAAUAACAUCUAUAUGUACUUGCAUUGUUCAGUAAUAUAUCUUCUGAAAUAAUUAUAUAUACACAUGUAGCUGUAGCUCUAUCAUUUGUGGUGUCAUAGAAAUUAUAACAAUCUGUACUUGUAGCUUGCCAUGCUAAGGUUAUGGUUUUUUUUAUUUUUUUUUUUAUCAUACAUGAAUUGUUAGUAGUGGAUAAAUUCCUCAGACAGUACAUAAACUCAGCACUCUUGAAUACUAGGUAAUUGCAUUUACAUUGAUUAAUCAAUAUGUGUACUGUAUGAUUGUAUUUCAUACAUGUGCAUGCAUAAUGUUUAACCAACAUGUUCCAGCUUAUCUUUUGAAGCAUCAUUUUGGAGCAUUAGUAGUUUAUGAACGUUUGACAUUGGAUUUCAAAAUCUUGAAAAUAUGUAUCAACAUAUGUUACGAAAUCAUGAGAUUUUGAUUUUUUUCGACUAGUUUGUAGAAAUGUUGGCCAUAGAGAGUUUAAAAUGUUAGAUAAUCUUUUCAAUUAAAAGUACAUACGUAAAAUGGGAGAUUAUAAUGACAUUUGAGUGCCACUUUGUACUUGCAGAUGGUUACCGGUAUUACAUUUUCUUCUUUCUAUACUAAAUGUACAUGUAUGUACUUUAUUUUGAAAGAUACUAGUAAUACUGCACUUCGAUUUAUUAAGGUCUCAUGGCUCUUAUGGUCAACUCUCUUGACUUUGAACCACAAGGUCCAGGGUUCAUGUCCCACCAAAGCACUUGCAUCCUUUGGCAAGAUGUUUACAUAAUUUGUAUCUUCAUUUGCCACUCACCACUCGAUGUAUAAAAUGGGUACUUAGUAGGAUGGAAAUCAUGGAUGCUUAGGCACCUCCUACAUGUACAUGUACAUGUAGCUAAAGCCAGGGUAGAAUAAAUGAUUUAUUUAUUUCCUGUAUGAAACCUUCGGGCCAGAUGAGCUUGUGGCGUCCGGCGUCUGUCGUCCUUCCACAAUUUCAAAAUGCUUCUUCUUCACCAUUUCAAGUCCAAUUUCAAUUCUGUUUGCUUUUUAUGAUAGUGGGGGAUUCAAAACUUCUACACAGAAUUUUGAAAUUCAUUAAAUAUGCUAAUUUAUGUGCAUUUUUCAAAAUUCACAAAAAAUGCUUCUUCUUUAUCUAUUGACCGAUUUUGAAUUUUUUGCUUCCAUCUGGUAGAGCUUCAUGAUGUUCACCAAACUUCUACACAGAAUUUUGAAAUUAUCUAUGCUAAUUUAUGUGAAAUUUAUUCAUAAAUCACAGAAAAUGCCUCUUUAUUUGUUGACCGAUUUUGAUUUUUUUUUCUUCAAUCUGGUAGAACUUCAUGAGGUUCUCCAAACUUGUACACAAAAUUAUGAAAUUUUGUCUAGAAAAUUAUUUAUGCUAAUUUAUGCAAAAUUUAUUCAUAAAUCACAAAAAAAUGUUUUUUCUUCUUCAUUUGUUGAUCAAUUUCAAUUUUGUUUCCUUUAUAUGAUAGCUCAAGGUGGUGAUACAAAAUUUCGACACAGAAUUUUGAAACUCAUUAAACAUGCUAAUUUAUUAAUGUAUUUUCAAAACUCACAAAAAAUACUAUUUAUUUGUUGAUUGAUUUUGAUUAUCUUUGUUCAAUCUGAGAGCUACAUGAGGUUCACCAAGGUACUACACAUAGUUUUGAAAUUUUGACGAGAAAAUUAUUUAUGCUUAAUUUAUAUGAAAUUUAUCCAUAGAUCACAAAAAAUGCUUUUAUGUCAUUUCUUCAUCAAUUUCAAUUCUAUAUCCUCAAUUUAUGUCACCAAUAUAAUUUACUACAGUGUCAACUGGGCUGAAAUUAAAAUUGUGUUAAAUUUCGUUGCGAGAUGCCGGAUGAGCUCCACAUCAUUGAUGUGCUAGUCUAUUUUAAAGCAGAAACAAUACAUUUAGAACAUGGACAUGAUGAAAUUCAAUUGUAUUGGCAUUGUUUAGAAUUACAGAUUUGUACACAUUAAGGCCAGGGUGCAAUUCUUGUGAAAAUUACAAAUUUUCAAGUACAUGUAUCUAACAAUUUAACUACAAGGAAAGGAAAUAGGUAAGCACUUGGCAGUAAGAGAAAACAUUGGAGAAUAUCAACUGAUUUCAAGAAUAAAAGUUUUUUGUAAUGAAUUCAUUAUGUCCCAUGUUCUGUCGAAGGGAUACCUUUGCUACAUGUAAAUACUUCUUUUUGUCUUACAUGCAAGCGCAAUAUGCCCCGAGAUAUUAAAGAUUGGUUAAUUGUUUCUGGUUUGUCAUUAGAGUUGAUGUAGCUUCACGUUUAAUUUGGUAUCGUCUAGAUACUUGUAUUUAUAACUUUACGGAAUGAUAACUACAUGUAUGUUUUGACUUUAAAUGUUCAUACACAUACUUCUUGUUUACAUGUACAUUGUAUUACUUAGCAAUACCAUACAGAAAAAUAACAAAACUUGCUUUUUGUUUUAUAAAGGACCUUAAAUGUUUUGUUCUGUAAGACAUGCACUUAAGUGAUGCCAUUACUUAAAUACAUUGUAUGUCAAAGUC